AAAGAAAUGAUGUUCAUUUAAAUGCAUGUUACUAGAAGGUCAGAAGGUAAAAUCAAUAUAACGAGUAAAGCAUGAAUACAAUAAUCCGUUCUGCCGCCAAUCGUAGGUCCAGUAGUAUGGCUGCCAAAAAACUUGUUUAUCCUGCAGCUGAUCGGAACAAGGAUCCAAUUCUGUCUGUUCUUAAGAAAUAUAUUCAACCAGGUCCAGAUCAAACUUUUUUGGAAAUUUCAUCUGGUUCUGGACAGCAUAUAGCUCAUUUUGCUCCUCAUUUUCCUCAGAUUGUAUUUUAUCCUUCAGAAUAUGAACCGAGAUUGUUAGAAAGUAUUGCCGCUUAUGCAACUGAAUUUGCAAAUAUAAAAGAUCCUCUGAGAAUAGAUGUUACAACAGAAUUUCAUACUUGGGGCAAUGGUAUUUUUAAAGAAGCCAGUAUUGAUUAUAUAUACAAUGCAAAUAUGAUGCACAUUUCACCUUAUGAAUGUUCUAUUAGUUUAUUUAGCAAUGCAGGUAAAUUGCUAAAAGAUAAUGCUAUUUUAUUUACAUAUGGACCUUAUGCUAUAAAUGGAAAAAUAACGCCUACAAGUAAUGUUAAUUUUGAUAUAAAUUUGAGACUUCAAGAUUCAAGUUGGGGUCUCAGAGAUAUUAAAGAUUUAAAAGAAUUAGCAGAGAAAAAUGGUAUUAAAUUAAUAGACAUUAUUGAUAUGCCUGCUAAUAAUAAAACUAUUAUAUGGAAGAAAUGUUAA